AUGAGGAAGAAGGUAACAAAUGAGAAGAAGCUAUCCAAUGCGGAGAAGGUAAACAAUGCAGUCAUGGAUAACAAUCUCACAGAAGCGGAUUAUAUAUUUUUCCCAUCUAUCAUUGCAAAUAGUAGCCACCGUGAUGGAGCUAUAUACAAGAACAAGCUUUUAAAGGAAAACUGGUACGAUAUCGACAUUAAUGACCGCACCGAGAUGACACUGGCUGAGUGUUCCAUCAGCAAUGACUCAAUACCACUGUAUGGGUACAUAGCAGCACGGGAUGAUCGGGAUGGCAAGCGGAACUAUGUUUUAAAUCGUAGUAGAGAUGAUCCCAUCAAUGUGCAGAAGGGUUCUCUCAUUCAAAUGACUGGCCCUAAGAGAGGCAUUGAAAUGGUUUCCCCUGUUUUAUUAGAGUUUGAUAUGAGGAUAAAAAAUGGAGGGCAAGAGGAGGAGGAUCUGCAGUUGAUAGAUGGAGCAAUAAAAUGCAUGAUGGAACUCAUGUCGUGGAAACCAAUCAAACACCGCAUUGAGGGCAAUUGUGGUGCUGUUGACAUAUCUUUAGCGUGUAUUGAUUUCGCGGUUGAGGCAACGAUAGAAGUUGUCAUAUCAGAAGGAUCUCCAGAGAGACGCCGCAAAUGCACAGUGCAAGAUCAGUCGUGUGGCUUGAGAAGGUUUGUGGUUGCAGUUACGUAUGGUGAUCUGAUGAUAUUGAAAUUCAAGUUGGGCAACAAUAACGCCGAACGCCAUCGUUCGUUUAAAGCUAAGCUAUAUGGAUGUUCUAGCAGGCGGAUAAAGCACGACCUGGCUAACAUCUCGGUGAAGGUGACUUGGUCCACUAUUUGA